GCGCUUCCUCUACAGAUGUUGCGAACACAACAAUCGCCUACAAACUCGUUUUACUCUCCCUCUAGUAGUAAUUGCUCGGAGGGCCUAAUAUACUAGAUUAUCUUAUAAUCGCAGGCAUCUAAAAAAAAAGACGAUUUGUUUGACAAUUUUCAUUUAGGUUUUAGGUUAUGUUAUCUUGUUUACAUUUUCUGUUUGUUCCAUUUUUUCAUUUAUUUAAAAAUGCAUAAUAAUAAUAAUUUUAAUUAACAUUGACUAAAAAUGGGUUCUUUAAAAUCACCACAAUCAACUACGCAAAAUUGGACCGACGAUUUACCCGUUUGUAAAAAUACAGGGAUAGGUUUUUCAACCAACCAAAUAUACCGAGAAGAUGGCAAUCCUCAAGAAGAGCACGGCUACGAAGAUUGUAGCUGCCACUUUAAAUUUAACGAUUCCUUUUAUUGGUACGCUGUUUUUGAUGGACAUGAAGGUAAAAGAGCAGCAGAUUUUUGCUGCCAAAGAAUGACUGCAGAGAUUUACUUCUCAAAGUUAAUGGACAAUAAAUCAGAUGAAGAAGUCAAGGAAUUUCUAAACCAAGCUUUUGUGACCGUCGAAAAAGGAUACAUGCAAAGCAUAGAAGAUCUGUUAGCUGAAAGAACGAGCCUUUUGUAUGAUAUACCAGAUGGACUUACUCAGUACGAAGCUUAUCAGAAAGUACCACACAUUGUUCAAUCUAUAAAUAAACUCAAUAACGAAUUGUCUUCUGGUACUGCAGCUGCUGUGGCUUUGAUUUACGAUAAUAAACUGUAUGUGGCUAAUGUUGGAAACUGUAGAGUAUUGCUUUGUCAAACAGACCCAAAUUCUGUUUUAAAAGUAGUCCAAUUAAGUGUCGAUCAUGAUUUAAAGAAUGAAGAUGAGUUGCUGAGACUGUCGCAGCUUGGUAUUAAUGCAAAUAAUUUGAGAAAAAGUUCCCGAUUGGGUAAUCAAGAAAACACCCGUUGCUUGGGCAAUUAUAGUGUCAAAGGAGGUUACAAAGAUUUUGAAGAUUUAGCUAAUGCUAUUCAAGAACCAAUUAUUGCACAACCAGAUAUACAUGGAGGUAUAACUUUGGAUGAAUCAUCUAGAUUUUUACUACUAAUGUCUGCUGGACUUUAUAGAUCAAUAGAAGACGCCACUGGUACAGAUCAAGUGAAUAAAUACAUUGCUCAAUGUGUUGUCGAACAGUUUCGAGAACAGGCAACUUUAACAGGAGUAGCACAAGCAGUCGUCGAUAAAGCAGUAAGGUUUCACCACGACUGGUACAUGUCAAACUCCCUCAACAAUUCUUGUUCGCCAAAACGUGAUGACAUAACAUUAGUUCUGAGAAAUUUCAAUUACCCCCUUCCUAACGCCAUAACUUCCCCUUCAACUCCAUCUGUUACUUUCAAUCCUAUGGUAACAGAAAAUACCGUGUCCAAUCGGUCCAGUACUGUUCAUAGUAGUACGGUUAGCAGUACUGCUACUAAUAAGACAAGCGAUACUUCCAGUAGUCAAGAAAACAAAGAGGAUGACGGUAUUGGGCCUGACCAAAAAAUAGAAGCUUAUGUGGAUUUUUCAGAUUUCUAUAGGAAUUUUAAUAAAGCCAAAAAAGAGGGAACUUUGCCUGGUGGUUUAGAUUUUUAAUAAUUUUAAAGAAAUAUGUUAUAAAAAGUUAUUUAUUAAUAAAGUUUAAUAUUUUGUAUUUAAUAA